ACAUGAUAGAAAGUAAAGUUUUGGCUAUAUAUGAAAACACAUCAAGGGAAUUAUUAGAAUUAUUUGAAAAUUUUUGUGACUGCUUCAGGAAUGCUAGUAUUUACACUGGUACACAAUUUACUUGCAGUCCUUCUAACAAUCUGUAUGCCAGACUUCAACAACACAGGUUUAAACAGACUAUAGUUAGUGCUAAAUUCGGUGGGAAAACCGAGGCAACAAAAAGACUACUUGCUCAACUACCAAUAAGUGCUCAAUCAUACAGCAGUUCUCCGUAUUUAGACCUGUCUUUAUUUAGUUAUGAUGACAAAUGGGUAUCAGUAAUGGAGAGGCCAAAAGCUUGUGGGGAACACCCAAUUAGAUUUUAUGCUAGAGAUUCGGGCUUUUUAAAGUUUCGUAUUUAUGCGGGAAGUACAGGAAGACCAAGUACAACACCUGCUAGAAGAUUGGUAGCUUUUACUUUUCAUCCAACUGAUCCGUUUGCCAUUUCAGUACAGAGAACUAAUUCCGAGUACAUUGUUAAUUUUCAUAUACAUUGUAACCCGACUGUUUGCGACCUCUCUGAAGACGUUUUAAGUUUUUUAUAGCAAGCAUAGUGUUACAGAUUUAUGUACGAUAUAUUUUUUUUUCAUUAAAAU